GUUCAAAAUACACAAAAACCAUAUGUAACUGCACAAAGGUGACAAAAAAAAUAUAUAUAUAUCACAUGAUCUACUACAACACAAAACAGCCCAGGAAAAAGGUGAUAAGCAGCCCUAAGCCUGGGCACUGCACUAAAUAUACAAAGACUGACACCUAGUGGUGGUAUAGCUACAUUACACUAAAUGGGAUGCGUCACUUAGUGCUAGAGGCUAAGGCUGCAGGGGCAAGAAAAGGUUGACGUUACUAUUGGCUGUUGAGAACAGAGCAAGGUAACCGUUGUCGCGCCAUUGGUUGGCUUCCAGAGCCGCGCGCACGGGAAGCCACACCCUCUCCAAGUAAAUUUGAAAUGGAGUGCGCGAAGACCAGGCGGCCGGCAGUGCGCAUGCGCGGGGCCCAAUACUGGCCUCCUGAACGGAAUCCUACGACGCGUUGAAUUAAACCGGGACCCCUCAGAUACCGACGUCACGGACCACAAGAUGGCGACCGGGACCGUCGAAUUCGAUGAGGUGGUUAAAGUGGCCAACGACUGGGUGUUCGAUUUCAUGUUUGCCAGCCUGUGCCAUUACUUCAAAGAGGAGCGGGCGGUGGAAUUCCACAAUACGUGCAGGGCCAUGGAAGGUAAUGACGUCACGGGGAGGUGGGUGGGGGGGCAGUCUCGCGCUGUGUGUUGCUAGGUGACGGCUACCCGUGAAUGACAGGAGCAAUUUAGACCGCUUGCGGGAUGAGGCUAUAGGCAGCGUUUGUAGGCUCUGCGCAUGCGCAGUAUGGCUGCACUUUAAACUAAGGGAGAAGGCCCCCUGCCGGUCAAAUGUUAAACUACACAUUGUAAUAACACUCCUGCCUUUUAUUUUACACAUAUCAAUAUAAAGUUUGUUUUUAUUAACCCCUUAAGGACGGAGCCAAAUGUACACCUUGUGAACGAAACAAAAUGUAAACAAAACCUGGCAUUUGCGCUACAUGUCUGUCCAACCGUAAUUCACCUCUUUCAUAGUAAAUGCACCCAUCCUUAUUAUAUAUCAUUUUAUUCAGGUGAAACAGGGCUUUAAUUUAAUAUCAAAUAUUUAGCUAUGAAACAUAAUUUAAUAUGAAAAAAAUGGGAGAAUUUUUUUUUUUUUAGUUCUACAUGACAUUUUAACUGUCAAUGUCAUAAUACGGUUUGCUUUUACUGCAAUAAAAUACACAUAUUUGUAUUCAUUGAUGUCUCAUGUGUAAAACAGUACCCCCUAUGUACAGGUUUUAUGGCGUUUGGGGAAGUUACAGGGUCAAAUAUAGCACGUUACAUUUGAAAUUGAAAUUCGCCAGAUUGGUUAUGUUGCCUUUGGGACUUUAUAGUAGCCCAGGAAUUAAAUUUACACCCAUAAUGGCAUACCAUUUGCAAUAGUAGACAACCCAAGGUAUUGCAAAUGGGGUAUGUCCAGUCUUUGUUAGUAGCCAUUUGGUCACAAACACUGGCCAAAGUUAGCGUUAGUAUUUGUGUGAAAAAUGCAAAAACCGCCAAUUUUGGCCAGCUUUUGUGACUAAGUGGCUACUAAAAAAUACUGUACAUACCCCAUUGUACAGCGCUAUGGAAUUUGUUGGCGCUAUAUAAAUAAUAAUAAUAAUAAUAAUUUGCAAUACCUUGGGUUGUCUACUAUUGCAAAUGGUAUGCCAUCAUAGGGGUAAUUUUCAUUCUUGGGCUACCAUAGGGUCUCAAAGGCAACGUAACCAAUCUGGCAAAUUUUAAUGUGAAAAAAAUGAAACGCAAACCUUAUAUUUGAUGCUGUAACUUUUGAAAACACCAUAAAACCUGUACAUGAGGGGUACUGUUGUACUCGGGAGACUUCGCUGAACACAAAUAUUUGUGUUUCAAAACAGCAAAAAGUAUCACAGCAAUAAUAUCGUCCGUGUAAGUGCUGUUUGUGCGUGAAAAAUGCAAAAACUUCACUUUUACUGGCGAUAUCAUCGUUGUAAUACAUUUUACUGUUUUGAAACACUAAUAUUUGUGUUCAGCGAAGUCUCCCGAGUAGAACAGUACCCCCCAUGUACAGGUUUUAUGGUGUCUUGGAAAGUUAUAGGGUUAAAUAUAGUUCUAGCAAAUUAAAUUCCCUUUACUUUCGGCAUGGGUUGUCAGGCAGGUCCCGCUAAUUGUAAUUAAUUAAGAUACCUAAUUAUGUAAAAAUAUUACAUAAAUAUAUAUGUAGAAUUAAUAUAUGUGUAUAUGUGUGUGUAUAUAUAUAUAUAUAUAUAUACUGUGUAUUGUGUGUGUGUGUAUAUAUAUAUAUAUAUAUAUAUAUAUAUAUAUAUAUAUAUAUAUAUAUGUAUGUAUGUGUAUGUGUAUAUAUAUAUAUAUAUAUAUAUAUAUAUAUAUAUAUAUAUAUAUAUAUAUAUAUAUAUAUAUUAUGUCAAACCCCACUCCAAAAUAAAAUAUAUUUUACCUGGUGCUCUGGUUUUUCUUAUAUAUAUAUAUAUAUAUAUAUAUAUAUAUAUAUAUAUAUAUAUAUAUAUAUUUUUUUAUAUAUAUAUUUUUUUAAUUUAUAUAUAGUGAUAUAUACGUAUAUAUUUAUGUAUAUAGAUAAAUAUUAUUUAGUUCUCGUGUAUUUAUAUAUAUAUAUAUAUAUAUAUAUAUAUAUAUAUAUAUAUAUAUAUACACAGUUAGAACGAAAUAACACACAUAUUUAAUUUUUUUAUAAAAUAUAUAUAUAUUAAAAUGCACCUAGACAGUGUAUGUGUGUGUAAGUAUAUGUGUGUGUGUAUAUAUAUAUAUAUAUACCAAGCAAAAAAAAUAAUCAGCACUCCCAGGAUUUGUAAAUAAGCCAAAAAAUACUUUACUCCACAGGUCAACGUUUCAGCUCCUCUUGGGAGCUUUCAUCUCCCAAGAGGAGCUGAAACGUUGACCUGUGGAGUAAAGUAUUUUUUGGCUUAUUUACAAAUCCUGGGAGUGCUGAUUAUUUUUUUUUGCUUGGUAUCUAUUGUGCAAUCGAGCACCGGGUUUUAUUUAAUGUUUGGUAGGAGUGCAAGGCUUUUUUUGCUGUGUGUAUGUAUGUGUAUAUAUAUAUAUAUAUAUAUAUAUAUAUAUAUAUAUAUAUAUAUAUAUAUAUAUAUAUAUAUAUAUAUAUAUAUAUAUAUAUGUAUAUGUGUGUGUGUAAAUUUUUUAUUUUUAUUUUUUUUAAUUUUUUUUAUUUUACACUUUUGUAAACUUUUUUUAAUUUUAUUUAUUUUAUUUCCAGCCAGCAGAGGGACCACCUGUCAUUACAGGCAGCCCCCCUGCUGGCAAUGCAGGAGGCAGCUAUCCCGGCCAUGUGAUUGUGAGGCGACCGGGUAAGUAAAGAAAGACCGGAGGGCGUACUAUUACGCCCGGCGGCAUUUAGAACCGCCUAAAAUAGGGCGUAAUAGUAGGCCCUCCGGUCUUGAGGGGUUACUAUAUGAGCCGACCCUUACGUUUGUACGUUUAACAUUGUAUACACCCAGGAUGUUUCCUUCAAAUAUUUAAUGGGACACUAUAGUCAACAGAAAAACUACAGCGUAAUGUACUUGCUCUGGUGAGUAUAGACCGUCCGUGCAGAUAUUUUGCUGUAAAUGCUGUCUUUUCAGAGAAAUGGCAGUGUUUACUUCAAAACCUAGGGACACCUCCAGUGGCCACUCCUCAGACAGCCACUAGAGGUGCUUCCUGGGUCAGUGACAUACAGUGUGCAGCACUGACGUUCAGCGUCUCCAUCCUCUGCAUGGAGACAUUGAACUUUCCCCAUAGAGAUGCAUUGAUUAAGUGCGUCUCUAUAAGGAGAUGCAGAUUGUCACAGAUCUAUAUAGGUCCCCCAACUUUCAACUUACCUCACACACUGUAUCCAGGCUUUUUCAUCAGGAGAAAAGCAAGACUGUAGUCAUUGGUUAAUUAGCAAAAUAUUCUCAGCCUGUGAUAUUGGUCCUGUUUUGCUCUAAUCUAAAGUGACAUCCAACUAGAGGAGACUGGAUGCGGUUCAUGCACCCUGGAGUACACAGGUAAGUUGUCAAUUUGUUUUAGCAAGAUUUGACAUCUUGCCACAGUACAGCAGGCUGUAGUAGUUAUGAUGCUUGGAGUAACUCUUUAAAUACUUGUCCUUGGGGAACAGCAAUGUAAAUGGCUGUCCCUUUGACAUUAACAAAAUAUUUCCUAUCUUGUUUUUCUUUUUUUAGUCCUUCUUGAAGGAAUGACUGAUUUGGACAAUGACAGAAAAAAAGCUGUUUUGAUUGCACAGUUCAUAACACGUGUUGCAGAAGGAAAACAACUUGGUAAGCCACCCCAUGUCUCCAUUAUAAAUUUAAAGUUAAUUUGCACUUUACCUGGAAGCUGGAAUCAUACUAGUGCCCAUCUUCAGAAAUGUACUAUAACGCGGCACUUUCACCGUCUGGGGACUUUGCCGAAUUUGCAAAGACAAUGACAUCGCUGCUGGGAGUCCAGUGAGCAGGGGCAGAUAAAGUUGAGAUUUACUUUUCUGAACCUGUCUUGAGUGGCCAUGUGGGUCCUCUUCGGAGUCGACAUCACUGCUCUACACUCGUGCAUGUGCAAGAGUACAUCAUUGAGGUCUAUGGAGGUUCCCGUAAGACCAUGGCAUCCUCUGCAGACACUGCCAAUUCCCUGCAGCUGUCACUGGUGACGGCUGCCGGGACUGACACUUAGACUCUGCCCUAAGUUUAAGAAAAUCAGGCGGAGGAGAAGCAUAGAGACCAAGUGGUCCCAAGUUUGUCUCUGUAUAUCUCUUGACCGUCAAAUUGAGUAUAUCUUUAUGAAAUACUCAUUAUAUCUUUAUAAAAUACUCAUUGUAACAGUGCCACUUUAAUCUACACCCCAUCACACCAGUGGGCUUGAACCCUCAAAAAGUUAAAUCUUUAUGGCACUUUGACUGUUAGAAUUUCACUGAUAUACCAGCGCAGUCAAAAGCUAUCAUAUGACAGAAUAGGGACAACUUUGUUCUAUGCAUUUUCCUAUGCUUGACAAAAGGCAGAGCUAUUGCCAGCAAGUUUUGCAUAUUUUCCCACCACACACCAAGUGGCAAUGUCACCUUCAGCGUAUUUUCUAAAUAUGCAUAGACCCCAGAAAGUGUCAGUUGCUUUACAUAAUGACCAGAAAGGAAGUGUAAAAAAGUUACAAAAAUAACUUUCCUGAUCCUUUUUACAGCUUCUUGCUGCCUUUAAACAUACAAAUCCCCAAAGGGCAAAGAAAAAAGCCCAUUCACCAAAAAGGUUAGUCCAAGCACUCAGCAAUUCUGAAGUGUACUGACCAGAAUCGAGAGUAUAAGGCGGUCAGCUAAAUAGUCAGUAAUUAAGUGGUAAAAUAAUCUAUGCCCACUUACUCAACAGUUUUGAAGAGCAACAAAUACAAAAUAUUAGUUUCAAUUUUAAAAGGAACACUAUAGGGUCAGGAACAAAAACAUGUAUUCCUGAUCCUGUAGUGUUAAAACCACAAUCUAGCCCCCUGGCCCUCUCUUGCCUCCCUAAGUAUAGUAAAAUCUUACGUAUUCAAGUCUGCAGCUCCUGGCUCUGCUCCUGACUGCCUGAGACCUGCCCCUGCCUGCUGACGCCAUCAGAAGUGUUAUUCUGAGCCAAUCACAAUGCCUCCCCAUAUGAUUGGCUGAGACUGUCAAGGAGGCAGAUCAGGGGCAGAGCCAGCACAAGUCAAACACAGCCCUGGCCAAUCAACAUCUCCUCCUAGAGAUGAAUUGAAUCAAUGCAUCUCUAUGAUGAAAGUUCAGUUUCUGCAUGCAGAGGGUGGAGACACUGAAUGCUGUGAUGCACACUAGGCAGGACUGCCCAAGGAAGCAACUCUAGCAGCCAUGUGAGGAGUGACCAGUGAAGUUAUCACUAGGCUGUAAUGUACACACUGCAUUUUCUCUAAAAAGGCAGUGUUUACAGCAAAAAGCCUGCAUGGAAUGAUUCUACUCACCAGAACAAAUGCAAUAAGCUGUAGUUGUUCUGGUGACUAUAGUGCCCUUUUAACAGGUCUCAAUUACAGUAGGGUAGUUCCCACAGAGUAUCCCACAGAGUUCUCUUGUUUAGUCAGUAUUUACUUGUAUAAACUUGAUCAACUUAACUUCUGUAAUGAUAAUUUAUUCUAUGCGGGUUCGCUCGCCUAACUUUAGAGAAACUAAAUGCUUCAAUCACACACGUAAUCUACCAUACCUGUGAAGAGACUAAAUACCUUAAUCGCACAAGUGAUCUACUAUAUCAAUCAGGAACCCUCAGACACGGGCGCUGCUGAAAGCACCAGCUGAUGCUUUCAAUCUACCGUAGCUUCCCAUUCACAAAAUGGAGUGAGAAAAAUACGUGGGAUUCUUUUUAUGUAUAAGUAAAUUUGCAGAAAAACCCUCCAAACAUUGCCAAUGCAGUGUUUUAGAAGGGGAGAGAUAAGUAACCUAAAGAAGUGUUGUGCACAGGGUGACUGGCUGUAGCCUGUGAUCAUUUUGGACAAUAAUCUAAUUUUAAAUACUUGUUCUUUGCACUGAUGCAAGCAGCCUGAUACCCAAUGUCACCCUCUUGGCACACAUUAUAGUCAUCACCAUCUUGUCACUGUCCUUCUUCUCAUCCUAUCUGUCUCCCACCUUUGGCUAUGUUUACUCCCCCCCCACUCUGUAUUUACCAAGUUACAGUGGUAUCACUUGUAAUGACAGGAUAGCACGUUGUUGUUGUUUUUUGUUUGUUUGUUUUUUUGUUUUGGUUUUUUCAUUUAGUCUCAGCUGUUCAUUGGAUGGAGCAGUGACCAGUAAUCAAGUAAGUUGAUUGAGUGAGGGACAUGGGUAGGCUGAGUCUUGAGGGAGACUAUUUAGGAUUAGGGCUAUGUACAUACACACAUCUUUGCAAUUACUGAUGUGCCCAGAACUGGAAGUGACAAGAUGUAUAGAAGAAACUACAAUAAUCCUUGCCUAGACAUUCCGUAGUUGUUUAGCUAGUACAACAUAGAGUAAAAAUAGGUAAUUUCAAUGUAAAUCUCUCUUGUAUUGUACAUGAGAAAGCAAAAGUCUGCUUGGCUUCCAAAAUGGAGCUAUAGAGUAGUUAAUAUAUGCAUUAAAGGACCACUGUAGUGCCAGGAAAACAUACUCAUUUUCCUGACUCUAUAGGGUCCUUGGGUCCCCCUCACCCUCUGGGCCCCCCUCCCGCCAGGUUCGAGGGUGAGGAAGGGGUUAAUCCGUCCGCUGUAGCCUUUUAGAAUGCAUGUCCCAGACUAUUUACUUCACCUAAUCCCGCCAUAUUUAGUUAUUUAUAAAAUAUUUUACUAAGAUGGAUACAUUGAGAUUUCUCUCGCAUUGUUACAAUAGGAUACAAUAUUACAAAAAAUACAAUAUAUAUAUAUACAUACCCACAUUUAUAAAAUUAACACAAAACAGGUAAUAAAUCUAUUCAACCAUGAUAGGUGCAUUCUGUGCUGAGGUAUAUUGCCAUAGAUGUCUUAAGAUUUUAGAUUUAGUUAAGAUUUGACUGUGUUGCUUAACUGUACUUUCUACACACCUAACUGACCAUCCGGUAUUCCAGUUAGGUAAUUUAAGCCUUGAUUAGCCCAUGUCAACACCUGUUUUCUAGCUGUCUUCCAGUCAUGCCAUUUAUUUGAACAAACCAUGGAUGGGUGGGUGGAGAAAGUGAUAAUCAACUCAGUGCAGGCAAACCACUGUCAGGAGGUCACUCCCAACCUCUAUUAAAAAUAAACAAAUACUGAACCCAAUGUCAGAAAAACAGGGCGCCACAGUCACUUGACAGAUCUUAAAAUUAAAUCUGGAGAUUCCCAUUAAAAAAAAUCCACUUUAUUGUAGAUAAAAUCACAAGCAAUAGCACAAAACUUGUGCCAAUUUGCAAAAUAUACAGAAAUAUAUAAAAAGCUAAAUUGACCAAGAGCCCUUAGGAACAGCAGCUUUAAACCAACAUGAUACUCGAAUGGUAAUAAUAAUGCAUGUGCAAGAGUGCAAGGUGCUUACACCACUCUUCCACAAUACACAAAAAGUAUUUAAAGAUGGUAAACAAAGACUACUAUACCAAAGUGCAGGGUUCUUGCUGAUGCUCAAUGCGUUUCGUUAAUCUGACUUCCUCAGAAGCUAAUGCCAUUUAUUUGGACUUCAUUUUCAGACCCUUUACUUCACCCAUAUUUCAAGUCGCUAGCUUUGAUUGAUCUAAUUUUGCAUGACGAGUAUAUGUCAUGGUCACUGGCUAGAAUUGAGUAAACCAGUUACGAACCACAUCUCUCACAUUGGUUUGGAGUGCCAACCUCUCUUUAUGCGAUUCUUAUGGCUCUUAUUGGAAUAAUUGUUUGAUUCACAGAGGGUUGGAACAUCUCCACGAAUCUCCCAGCAAGACUUGUUUUCAUUGCCUUCCAGGCAUGUAGAAAUUUUUGUUUUAGGUCUACUAUAGUUCAAUUCCUCAGUGAAGUUAUUGCUUGAAUAUUCUCUAACUCAUGACAAUCUUCUCAGCAUGGCAUGUAUCAGUGGUGCCUUGUGUUUCUCUUUUUAAAAUAUUUAAUCAUGAUAAGGCUGUAGUUAAUACUUCUUAAGAACCAGGGAAUCACUUAUUUUCUCUUUUUGUGUUCCAAGUUAAGGUGAAAGAUUGUAAGCAGCUGUCUCUGUGACCAUUGCUGAUGCUGUCAGUUAAUGCUCCUUGGAUGAUGACCUAUCAGGUCUGACUAUGUAUUGGCACUUGAACAUAAUAAUCCAAAAUAACAAUGCUGGAAGAAAAAAUUAGCUGGAGAAUAUUUCCAAUUUAUUUGUUACGGUCUAAUAUUUAAUUCCUUAUGACAAUACUUCAUAAUCCAGUGAAUAAAGUCCAAUAUAACUUUUGUCUAAUUUGUCCACUUUCUUGUAUUAAGUUGUGGUUUUUUUUGUGUUUUUUUUUUAAAUAGAUUCUCAGUUUGAAUCAGAUGAAAGAAUUACACCCUUGGAAUCGGCUGUAUUCAUGCUGGAAAAAAUUGAAGAAAAGGAAAAACACUUAAUAAAUCUUCAAAAAGACAUCAAACUUUCUGUGAAAGUUCAGGUGAGCAGCCAACUUAAAUUUUUGUGUUCAAUUAAGUUAAUUCUAUUAUUUAUUUUUUUUUUUUUUAAAUGGAAUGUGUGUUUAUUAUCCAUUUAAUCUUUGUGAAUGAUAAAAAAUAAUUUAUUCAAAUUUCUUUGAAAUGCCCACUGUUUGAAUGAUAACCAUUUCAGAUUUCUCCUUGCACCCUGACUUUCCAAAGUUUUAAGGAAAAGUAGAUUUAGUAUCUUCUGUCCAGACCUUAUCCCAUUGUAUAACGGUGUGACUCGGUCUGGAUAGAACUAUAAGGUAAUGGAAGUUAAUUCUGGUGAUCACCAAGGACAGGAUAGGAGUUACAUUUCUAACAUUCAUUUUUUUUUUUUUUUUUAAACAUUCUUUAUAUACUAGUAGUCUAUAUGUCUAAGUGUACGUCAUAGUAACUGUGUUUUAGUCACUUGAGGCCCCGUGCUCUGUUGUUCUUCUUGUUGUUGUAGUUAUUAUGCAAGCAGUCUUUAAGUGCAGUUUCUUCGGUUUUUGUUAAAUGGCUUUUGGGUGGUUUCACAGCACCCAAAGUGCAGCCCUUCUGGUACCCCUAAGUUAAUUUAAAGGAACAUUUAUAUUGUUAAACAUGUGUUCCUCACACUAUAGUUUUAAUCCAUAUAUUUUGGUGUCCCCCCUGCAGUGUGAGGGUUUGAAAGGAGAGUAUUACUUACUUACCUUUCAGUUGUCCUCGCCGCACCAGUCUCAAAGAUGCUGCACUACAUCUUUUGCUAAGAUCAUGAAAGUUUUUUUAUAUAUAUAUAUAUAUAUAUAUAUAUAUAUGUUAUAACAUUGGGACUGCAGCACCGCAUCAAUUAAAUGGUCUACAUGGGAAUCUUUGAAUAGCUGCGUUUAACUCUGAUCUUGUGGCUGAUGUGCCUCUACUGGCUGUCAGGAAGACAGCCAGUAGUAGCAUGUUAAACCUGUAAUUGCUGUAUCUAUCUAAUGGCAGUGUUUUCUCAUGCAGGGUUAAAAAGACAGGCCAUGAUAACCAGGUCCCUUCAUUGAGAUGAAGUAGUCUGGGUGCCUAUAGUAAAUGGUGUGUUUUUUUUGUUUUUGUUUUUUUUAAAUCUUGGUGGACACACAGGAACCUGGGUUUUGGUGCCAGAUGCCCUCUUCAUUUAUUUUCUUCAUCCAAAUGCUCUUGCAUCACAACAUUGAAUGUCUGUUUAAUUAUAUUGUUACUUGUCUUGAUAUACAAAAUGUUUUUAUUCUGUUCUUAGGCAGUGGCAGUUUGCAUGGAAAAGGGAAGAUUUAACACGUCCUCUGAGGUUCUUGACCGUCAGUUUUCAGAAACUGGAUCAUAUAAGGUGACAUUAUACUAACUGUGUAACUAUCCUGCAAUAGAUCUUUAGUACGUGACUGUAUAAGAGUUCUUAUUUCCUGGUAGAGCUAAAGGAUGUGAAGUAAAAUACAGUUACAGUUCUUCCCAGCCAUAGCCUGUAGAUAACUGUGCUUCUUGCAAACAAUGCAGAGUAAAUUGCUCUUGAUUUAUGUAUGUUAUGUAUGAAGGACUUAAGUCAUAAGAACUGUAGCUUUUUCCAAGCUCCUUUUUAGAUGUACCCCCGACACCUACAUGCAAAAAUAAAUGCAUACAUGCAUUAAUUGGUGGGGUGUGUGUAUACAUACUAAACUGUGAUUUACUUAUUUAUUUUAGGAAAUUAAUGACUCUGAACAUUUAUUAGCUGAACUUUUGCCUAAUCCUCUCUGGGGGUAAAUGGAGGAAUACCCAGCGCCCUUUCCCUGAUGUACUGGUGGUAGAGGUGCCUCCUCUUUUCCUGUGAAUUUCAGAAAUAAUCUUCUCUAAGAUUUUAGUCUCAACUCCACCCACGCCUACUUGGGCAAAUUAGGGUCAUACUGCCACAGAGAGAGUGCUAAAAUGGUGGUGGCAUUACUGUUGCCACAACUUGUUUGUGUCCCCUUGUUUGUUUCUGAACUGUUCACAUUUUUUAAUAUUAUUAUUUUUUUCACUAGACUAAAGUUAGCAAUUGCUGGUAGCACCUUAUAAUGAACAUAGAAAAUAUUUCUCUCUUAAAUAAUGAUUAUGUUUAAGAUGUUUUCUAUACAUAAUACACACCUGAAUGCUGCUGUUAUUAUUAUUAUUAUUUAUUUAUUAUUUAUUAUUAUAUCCUUACAGUAUAGGUGUACCAGCUGGUCCAUAUUAUCCUAUGCUUGCUUAUUGAGUAAGACAUUUUAAACUAUAUACAGAAAUCCGAUUUUUGUACAUUUAUAAACCAAGAUCUCCGUCUUAAAUCCUCAACAUAUACCUUUUUUUUUUUUUUUAAAUCCCCCUUUUUCUUUCUUUCAGUAUUUGAAAAUGAAGUUGGCUAUGAUUGUUGGUAAGAAAGAUCCAUAUCAUGGGUUGCUGCAGAAUAUGAGCUAUAAAACCAUGUUGAAGAAAAUAAACACUUACCUUGACCUUACAUUGAAAGGAAGACAAUCUCCUUUUUUAUUAAAGGUGUGUAAAUCUAAAACAUCCAGGAAAGUAAAAUCUUAAUGUUGCAUUGGGAAAACAAAACGGACAGCCAGUUUAGCCAAGGCUUGCAUUUGGUGUCUUAGAACAUCAAUAAUUCCUACUUACACAGCCUUUGUCAUUUAAAAAUGAAUGCACUUAUUAUUUAAAUAUGAAGGUAAUAGGAGUAGGUGAUGUGUAGAGUCCCACAAGGGGAAACCAACAUCAGCAGAGCUCCACUGUAUAAGAAAUGAGAAAGGGAGGCCCUACCUUUAAUCAAUCUAAGGAUAAAAAGGGAUAUGCAAACAAAAAGUAUAACUUGAAAAAAAGGGAGAUCUACUAAACGGUGCCCAGGGGCUCAAUUGUCUGGGGUACUAGCUAGCAUCUAAGUUCCAGUUCCCCUGGUGCCCGAAUGACAGGAAGGUAGUGUAAAUGAGGUUAGGGAGAGAGAAGAGGCACAGGGUCCCCAGAGAACAAGGGACCGGGUAAUCAGGUCUAAAUGCAGAUGAAAAGCCUCACACAAAAAAUAAAUAAAUCUCUCAAUUCACCCUAAAAGUUACCUCGACACUGUGGUCUAACCACUAGUGUCUACCUGAACCAACUCUCCCUGCUGAAGUUAUAAAGAAAUAAAUACCUAAAAAUCAAUAACCAUAGUGGUAACAAAAAUAAAAAAGUGCUACCAAGUGCAGAGAUUAAAGAAAAAGAAAACGCUCGAUGCGCGUUUCGAACACUGCUAUUAGGUAGAAACGCAUGUCGAGCGUUUUCUUUUUCUUUAAUCUCAUGCACUUGGUAGCACUUUUUUAUUUUUGUUACCACUAUGGUUAUUGAUUUUUAGGUAUUUAUUUCUUUAUAACUUUAGUAGGGAGAGUUGGUUCAGGUAGACACUAGUGGUUAGACCACGGUGUCGAGGUAACUUUUAGGGUGAAUUGAGAGAUUUAUUUAUUUUUUGUGGGAGGCUUUUCAUCUGCGUUUAGACCUGAUUACCCGGUCCCUUGUUCUCUGGGGACCCUGUGCCUCUUCUCUUUCCCUAACCUCGUUUACACUACCUUCCUGUCAGUCAGACACUAGGGGAACUGGAACUUAGAUGCUAGCUAGUACUCCAGACAAUUGAUCCCCUGGGCACCGUUUAGUAGAUCUCCUCCCUUUUUUUCAAGUUAUACUUUUUGUUUGCAUAUCCCUUUUUAUCCUUAGAUUGAUUAAAGGUAGGGCCUCCCUUCCUCAUUUCUUAUACAGUGGAGCUCUCCUGAUGUGUAGAGUCGCACAAGGGGAAACAAACAUCACCUACUCCUAUUACCUACAUAUUUUGGAGGGUUAGCCCCUCAUUGUUGCUCCCUAUUAGGUGGUUAGUGGUGCAGCUCAUGAGCCCUUGACUUGUAUCCGGACUCCUGACCUGCACUCUGUUUACUUUGUUUCUCCAUUUUGUAUUUAAAUAUCUAUUUUAAACACUUUUACAGAAUAUUUUCUGUUAAUUAUUUAUUUAGGACAUCAUAAUAUCAGUUUGUAAAGUGAUGACCAAGAUGAAAAGUUUGAUGUUAAUUAAAUGUUUUCCAGGUGGCCACAAAGGUUGUAGAAGCUAAGGACAAAAUUACUACAGGAAUGCAGUCUGGGAAAGAUGGCAGUUUAAGUACUAAUGAAAGGUUGGUGUUUGUUUUUAAUCUUCUUUAAAGUGGCUCUAUCACCACCGGUCACUGAGUAUUUUUUAAGAAGAUAAAAUCUUUAUGAAAUACUCAUGUUGACUGCAUUGGAAAUUCAGUAAAAUUUCAGAGGUAAUCAAACAUUAUAAUGAGACAAUGCAAAGACUAAUUUUCUCUUAAGGACAAAGUACAUGUUGACAAAUGAUAGAACUCCACCGUCAACUUUUGUUAAUUCUCACAGCUGUAGCUAGCAAUGGCUGUGGGAAAGUGGUAUCUUCUGCGCUUUAUGCAAGUUGAUCAAUGUUGGGAUUAUCGUUGGAUGUCAGUGUUGUACUUUCAAAAGCUCUUGAGAGAUGGAGUAAAUUGAAAUAAAAAAAGGUGUUGGCAAGGAAGAUCUUCAAGCUUGCUGUAGUGGUUGUGGUGCUAGGAUUGCCUGAGCUCCCUACCAGAGUAAACUUGUCAAAUAAUUUAAGACUGAUUGAGCAACUUACCUGGGUCCUACUGGGCACCUACUGAUUCUCUAGUGAGCUUUAUAGGGCCAUGCUCAUUGGCUGGGACCAUCCAGGAGACUAUGGUAAGUUUUCAAACCGUUCUAAAAAAGGUUUGACAGAUAACUAUGAGAGGGUACAAUAUCCUGUAGCAAUUAGGGUGCUUUUAGUGUUCCUUUAACUUUAUUUUUCAGACCUUACAAGCACAUUUGUUAAAGUUAAGGGAUACAUGUAUUAAUAUAAAUAUGAUGGUUCUCCUUAACAAGAUCCCAAUUUAUUUUAAGAGUAACAGCCAAUAUAUAUAUAUUUAUAUUACAAAAAAGAAAUAUCCAAAACCUUUGAAAUAUCAUAAUGUCAACAUUGUAAUGGUGCUGUGUUCAUUAGGGAUAAGAGGUAUGACCGUGCAGUUCGAUAAUUUUUUUUAUGUACUUUGAUGUGUGAUCCACUGCUUUGAAAGUGGCUCUGUCACCAUAAUGAAAUGUAAGAUCUGAUCUGUUUGAAGUACUCACAAGUAUAACUCUCCUCCGCUUCACUCCCCAGCCGUUACAUACUUCGCAAGUAUGUUACCAUCAAGGGUCAAAAUAGGCAAAGACCCUUCAAGGUGAACGGUAUGGUGCCCCUACCUCUAAGUCAACAAUCUUAUAUCAUCUUAGAAAUGGUGCUGUAAUUCUGUGCAUAUUAAUGAUGCCUCUAAUCAAUCUCUAUUACAAAUGUAAUAUUUCAAGGGAGUAUUCCAAGUCAUAAUUGUUAUGAUGUGUGUGUGUGUGUGUGUGUGUGUAACUAUAUUAAUUUGUUUUUUGUUUUCUUGUGUUCUGUUUAGAAUAGUGGAAGACGGGGUUUCAUUUUUAACUGACGACACUGUAGCAUACCAUACAAAGAAUCCUUGUACAGAAAGCUCACUGUAAGUGUAAAGUUGUUUAAACGAUGAGAGUUGUUAGAAUUGUUGCAAAUUAAAUCAAAUUAAUCUAAAUUCUACCACAGCAUUAAAUGUCCUAUGAGUAAUGUAAUGAGGAAGUUUGUAUUCCAAUAUUGUAUGUUUUACUAAAACUCCAGUAUUGGGGAUGUGCUCAAUAACUUUUUAUUUUUAUAAAAGUGUGUUCAUGUUUAAUUUAAAGGGACAUGCCGAGCACAAAAACCAUUUCAUCUUUAUGAAAUGGUUUUGGUACAAAGACAGUCUCCCUUGUUUAAAUAAGGAAUAGAGGGGUGGACAAAUCACUAUUUGAUUAAAUAAACUGGAGACAUCCUUCUAUCCCCCACCUGUGGCCCUAAUAAUAAUCAGAGGAUGGACCUAAUGUCCUUCCAUCCCCCCACGCUAACAAAUCAAAUCAUUACAUAUCAUUCAAGACUGUUUAAAGCCACUGUAACUUAUGUAACCAUCCAAUCUCACAAUUUAAUGUUUAGAUUUUAAGCUCAUUUGGGCAGAGCCCUCUUCGCCUACUGUUCCAGUAUGUCAAUCACAUUUACUGAGAAUUUAGUGUUUGUCUUGAAUACCUAUUGUACAGCGCUGCAGAAUAUGUUGGUGCUAUGUAAAUAAUUGUAAUUACAAACCAUUUAGGAAUGGAUUGCUAUAAACCUAGGCUUCAAAUAUAAAUAUCUUUAUUUCUUCAUUACAAAAAAGAACAGACUGUAGAUCACAGGUGGUGGGGAAGAUCAACAUAGUACGGACUUAACACUACCAUUACCAUGUAAGUUUAAAUGUACUUUGUUUUUGUGUAGUGAGGAUAUUGAAGUGGGCAGUCCUUUAAUAGAGAAUGAAAGUCAAACUGAGCAAGAGGAUGAAAGCCAAAUUGAGCAAGAGAAUAUCUAUGACAAUACUGACCAGAAUCUGUAAGUAUACGUUUUGUUUCUACAUAUUUGUACAUAUUUAUUACAUGAAGUAUUUACAGUCACGUUUUGUUUUUUUAUUUUAUUCAUUGUGUGUUUAUAGUUUAUAUAAUUAAAGAAGUAUACUUUUAAAUUAUAAUUUUAUUGCAAGCAUGGUUUAGUAAACAUGAUGAACAAUUCAAACACAUAUGGCAUCAGAGGAGUAGAAACCAUUAUUUCUGCCUCUUUGCCCUUUACUGAAUAUAGUGUAGAGUUGAUAUAGGGGAUAAGUAAAAUCCCCUAUAGUCCAUAUCGAGGAUACGUGAACCUAAUUUCAUAAACCCAGUAUAUGUCUGUCCCUUAAUUAAACCCUAUGUGUUUACAAAGAAGUAGAUGUGUUCAUUUCUGCUAUAUAUGUGUAUUACUGCUCCCUUGUGACUGUGACUGCACCUAGCCACAGAUGUAAAUAUAAAUGCCCGACCAGGCCAUAAAGACCCACAAGGACACUGGUUCCCAUCCAUAACUGUACUCCAGAGAAAAGCCAAUAAGGAAUAUUACUCCGCAGAGAGUUAGGAAGAGGUAAGGCUGACACACAGGGUUUUUUGCUUAACUUUUAGCCAAAUAAUUUUGAACCUCUAUUUGAGGCUAAAAUACCGUUUAUACUCGAGUGUAAGACGAGUUUUUCAGCACAUUUUUUUUUGUGCUGAAAAAGCCCCACUCGUCUUAUACUCGAGUCACUGUCUGUAUUAUGGCAACUUACAUUGCCAUAAUACAGACCAGGACCGCCGGGUUCAUUACAAGCCCGGCAGUCCUGUUGGGGGCUGGCAGAGAGCUGUAACUUACCUUUUCUGCAGCUCCCUUCUCUCUCCUCCGGUCCGAUCAGCUCCCACUGCAAGUCUCGCGAGAGCCGCGGGGUCAGAGCGUUGCCACGGGUUUCUGUGGCAACGCUCCGCGCAGCACUCAGACCGCGAGACUUACAGUGGAGCUGACAGGGGAGCUGACCGGACCGGAGGAGAGCGAAGGGAGCUGACAGGAGCUGCAGGAAAGGUAAGUUACAGCUCUCUGCCAGCACCCCUCUUACAAAGCCAAUCCACUGGACCGCCAGGGAAAGAGAGCCCCCAGACUGGCCAGCUGACAAGCAGGGAGGGGGGACAAAAAAAUAUAUAAAUAAAUAAGAAUUUAAAUAAUAAUAAAAUAUUAAUAAUCUAUAAAAAAAAAUUAUAAUUAAAUUUUUUUUUUUUUUAUAAAAAUGCCCACCCCCCACCAAGGCUCUGCAUCACACACACAAACACACUCUGCAUUCAUACACACACACCCCACUCAUACACACACACAUACACAAACACACACUGCACUCACACACACACACUGCAUUAUAUACACACACUGUAAAUAAAUAUUCAAUUUAAUAUAAUUUUGGGGGGAUAUAAUUUUAUUUAGAAAUUUACCAGUAGCUGCUGCAUUUCCCACCCUAGUCUUAUACUCGAGUCAAUAAGUUUUCCCAGUUUUUUGGGGUAAAAUUAGGGGUCUCGACUUAUAUUCGGGUCGACUUAUACUCGAGUAUAUACGGUAGCCAGAUUGACUAUAACUAUAAUGUUAACUUGUCCGAAUAACCUAUUGUAACCUCUGUUCUGUAAUGCUGAUUUAAUUAGCAAAAAUCUUGUAGUUUAAUAAGAGUUAGCUUUGUUGGGAGGUGAUGGUGUGUGUGUGUGUGUUAGCAUAAUGUGAGUAUAUACGCUUGUUUAGAAUAAAGUUACAGCUGCUCUGUUGUACCUUACAGAAUACACUGUACAGUUUUCUUAGCACAUUUGCCACCAAAUGAGUACCAUUGUAACUAAUAUCUUUUAUUCAACUACCAACGCAGUUAAAGCAUGUGCGCAUGAAUAGCUAAAUAAGUAAAUGAUUAACUGUUAAAACAGCUGAAAUGGGGGCGGGGCCUGACCGGGGAGCUGAACAGACACGCUUUCUGUGAGCUCCCAGGCCUGAAUCUGAUUUUUGGCAGAAAACAGUGGGAAUACAGCCUAUCUCAGAACCCCAACUUACCCCACCUUGCUACAUGGAGGCAGGGGUACCGGGGGACACCUCACACGUGCAAAAGCCCGCUGGGAAUCCAGACCGGAGGCUUGGGGCCUACAACAUGCAGAGCAGGGGAGAGACGGCCGCUCUCCCGGCUCACCUAACAAAGCAGCACCCGAAGCAUCGGGCUUCUCCCCCCCCCUCGGGACCGGCGGGGGUUAUCCCGGUCCACACAAUCGAGUACCACAAGCUUACACGGAAUGCAGAAGACGGCAGCAGCCUAAAUCGCAUCCCCAACCAGCAAACCGCUAGUGACAAGAUGGAGACCGAAAUGGCCGCCGCCACGUGUGCCCGAGGCACAAAGAAACUUGACCUUGAGACCAGGCUGGAUGAGCUGUUCGCCAGGUUCUGGAGGACAAUAGCCUCCAGGGAGCAACAGGCCAAGGCAUACCACCCUGUCACAGUCCUGCCGGUGAUCCCCCAACAAACGUGCACACCGCCUCGCGCCAACAAAGCCUGCGGAUGGCAAAACCGAAAAGCCCGUAAACCCAAGCGACUACCAAUACCUAUGGCGGCGACCCGCUCAUACAAGGGCCCGGCAAAACUUAACAUACCUAGGAGGCAUGAAAAGGCGGUCCCGCUGCAGCGACACACUGCGCUAAACGGGGACCGGACAGGGCCGAAGGGCCCCAGGCAGACCACACCGCAACACCCCUACCGACAACACUCGGAGGUAGGCCCUGGCAUACCUCGGAGGCGACACCACAGCCGGCGACACAUCACCUCACGCAGACUCUUUCACGUUGGCAGGUCCACCCCACCGGAAUGGGGCCAUGCCUAUAUCAACGCAGAGACCCCAUGCAUCGAACGAAGAGGCUGGACACUCUAUAACACCAAGAAGAUCCCUGCAACCAGACUGCACGCCCUGAGAGCUGGAGUUGGCUAGGGGACUUGACCGACACAGCGGACAUACCUAACCGCAGACAGUGGAGGACUCUAUUUAUGACAAGAGUGUAAAUAUGUACCUUCAUUUUUUUUUUUUUUUUUUACGAGUUGCAUUUAUUAUGUUAUUCAACUUUCUUUUGCUCCAUGUAUGCCCCACAACUGCACCUACACACUUAAUGUAAAGCCAGCGCCACUGCCGCCAACUAAACACUAAGCCCAAUGUCCCAUUGGUGCUGGGCACUUGCAUACAGCAACCCGGCAUGGCACAUGGCUCUGUCAACGCUAGGGACCACGGGGGGAAUGCCACUUGGGACGCAGCAAUCACCUACCAAGCCUCUCCGAGUAUAACCUCGAUACCCUGCCACCAGAGUUGGUCCAGCACACUUAUCCGUGGGACCACUAAUCUAUAGCCUUAAUGGCUAGGAAGGUUCUAGUUACUCAUAAGCUAAACACCCACGUAUAGGUAGACAUACCAGCCUGCCAUGAUGGUGUCCAACCCGACACGUUACUAACUUAUGUCAGCCAUGUCACAGCAUAUCUUACCACCAUAUCUCCUGCUGCUGCCACUAGCAAUAACCAAUCUUUUGACUCACUCAGCCUUUCCUUAACGCAUGUAGUAACUUACUCAUAGCUUGACCAUCUCUUGCCACUGCAAAAUAAUCACAUGCCCAGAAAGUUAUGUUAUGCAAACGUUAUGCAAAUGCCUAAACAAAGUAAAGCUAUACUGUUUCUACCCCUAUAUAUAAAAAAUGUGCUUGAUCUCCCUUGUACCCCUAUGAUCCACUGUUCGUAUUGUGCUAGAGGAAUGCCUUUGGGGUACCUCACAUGCAACUGUUAUAUGCCUAUGCACUACAAAAAUAAAGAAUUUAAAAAAAAGCUGAAAUGUUUAAACUGUUCAGCACUGCUUGUUAAUUUUAUUUAUCUAUUUAUUUUAUUUUGUUAUUUCUGAUCAAGAAAUACAGUCAUCCCAAGUAUUGACAGAAAAGAAGUGACCGACACAGAUAAACACACUAAAAGGUAAAAAAAGAUAUACAUAUUUAUAUGUUUCAGAUUUACAUUCUUCAACAAGAGUUGUUACUUGUACGUACUGGCUGAAUAUAUAUAUUUUUUUUUUUCCAAUUUGCAGGCACCAGAAGCGGUUGUUUUCACUAGAACAACGUACCCCUUGGAAUCCUUACAAACCCUCUGCCUCGAAAAAGUUAAUGAGCAACAUAAAGCUAAGUAUGUAAAGAGAGCCAAUGCAUUGUACAUCCUUUUUAUGUGCCAGUUGCUUUUUAUCAUUUCAGUUAAAGGGACACUGUAGGCAUCAGCUCUUUGAAGUGGUCUGGGUGCUGUGUCCCUUUUGCAUUUAUUGCUGCAAUGUUAAACAUUUCAGUUUCAAGGAAACUGCACUGUUUAUAUUGCAGCCCUAAGUCUGCCCACAGUGGCUGUCUGCGUGGGAGGGGGGAGGCAGGGGAGCGUUGGUGCCAGAAAUACAACUUUGUAUUCCUAGCACUAUAGUAUCCCUAUAAGGACUGAUACAAUAACAUGUGUAUAUAAUAUGGUCAGCUCCAAUUUAUUACAAAAACAAAGAGCAUAGCCCUCACCCUAUAUAUUUAACAUGGGAGAUUGUUAAUUUAGACCGUUAACUUCAUAAAGAUUUUAUGAAGCUUCUGCCAUCCUGUGCAGUUUAAAUUGUGACCGUAUGGUGUAGCUGCUCGCAUGAUGUCUUUUAGCUACUGUUAUUUCUAUUAAAUUGUCUUAUAUGUUUGCUGGAAUAUGUGUUUGUUAAUCUGUAUUUGUUCAUACAUACCUAGAUACAUUCAAGCCUUGAAUAUUUCACUUGUCCAUUAUCCUAUGGAAAGUUUAAAAACUUCCAAGUGAACACAUCUGCUUUCCCUUUACACAUCAUUAGGAAGAGCAGUAACUUUCCCAGCCUGAAUAAUCCCUCCAUCUGAAAACCUAGUGAUAAAUAGCCAAGUGUGUAUGUGUGUUUGAAAUACUGAUUAUCUACAUAUCAUAUGCAGCAUCACAUCUGGCUGUCUUUAAAAUAUAUUAGUGAAAAAUUGAGUUUCAUGUUCAAUCUAGUUUUAAAAUGGACAUGACUACAUAUUUGUAUAGGAUUUUUUUUUUCUUUCUUAAUUUAGGAAAACGAAGCCAAAGAGUUGCUACGUCUACGCAAAACAAGUUACCUUCUAAGUCUUCUGCUUCUAAAAGGAAGGUAAGCUUGACAUGUUUAACAUUAAUGCAAAUUUUUGAUGUUAUGUUUGCAUUUUAUUUAUAUUUCACGGUUUAUCUGAUGGAAAAUGAUCUUCAAAAACAUCAUGUAAUUUAAUUUUAUGGUAUAACUCACUAAUCAAAUCACUAUAUACACAACUGGUUGAUGUAUUUUUUUAAGUUAUUAUUUCUGAAUGGCAUUUAAAGCUGAUUGAGUUGUGCAGGCAAUAUGCAGAGAUAGAUGAAGUUUCAGAGUUAUUAAGAUAGUGACUUACUUAACAGAGGUAUGUCUAAAGUAAAAACAAAUAGGUUGAUGGGGCCUGAGGGGAUACACCCAAAGUUAUUAAAGGAACUUAGUGGUGUACUAGCAAAACUAUUAACUGAUUUAUUUAACCAAUCAUUGCAAACUUGAGUAGAUCCAGAAGAUUGAAAAAUUAGCAAAUGUUGUGCCAAUUCACAAGAAAGGUAGUAGGGAGGAGUCGGGCAAGUAUAGGCCAGUGAGCCAUACUUCAGCAAUCCUAUCCAUAGUUUCCAUUACUUUCCCCACUACUGAACAUCUAAAAAUCACAUGGAUUUCAAGAUCAGACACAUUACUUAAGGGAGAUCAUGCCAAACUUCUCUUAUUGAGUUGUUUUGUUUGUUUGUUUUUUUUUUUUAUAGAUCAGGGUGGUGCAGUAGACAUUGCUUACCUAGAUUUCAGUAAGUCUUUUGAUACAGUCGGUCAUAGCUCAUCAAUAAACUGCAAUCUUUAAGUUUAGAUUCCAGUAUUGUUGAAUUGGUUAGGCAGUGGCUGAGUGACAGGCAACAGAAGGUUGUAGUCAAUGGAGUCUAUUACCAGUGGGGUACCUCAGGGAUAAGUACUUGGACCCAUUCUCUUCAAUAUAUUUAUUAGUGAUAUUGCAGAAGGUCUUGGUGGUAAGGUAUGUCUUUUUGCUGAUGAUACUAAGAUAUGUAACAGGGUUGAUGUUCCAGGAGGGAUAAGCCAAAUGGCAAAUGAUUUAGGUAAACUAGAAAAAUGGUCAGCUGUGGCAACUGACAUUUAAUGUGGAUAAGUGCAAGAUAAUGCAUCUUGGGCAUAAAAAUCCCAAGGGCAGAGUAUAAAAUAUUUGAUACAGUUCCAUUCUGAACAUCUGAGGAAAUGAAUGACUUAAAGGUAUCCAGACAUGUAAUAAUCCAGACAAUGUAAUAGAGCAGCAGGAAAUGCUAGCAGAAUGUUUGGUUGUAUAGGGAGAGGUAUUAGCAGUAGAAAGAGGGAAGUGCUCAUGCCAUUGGACCGAACACUGGUGAGACCUCACUUGGAGUAUUGUACACAGUACUGGAGACCGUAUCUUCAGAAGGAUAUUGAUACCUUAGAGAGAGUUCAGAGAAGGGCUACUAAACUGGUUCAUGGAUUGCGGGAUAAAACUUACCAGGAAAGGUUAAAGGAUCUUAACAUGUAUAGCGUGGAGGAAAGACGAGACAGGGGGUAUAUGAUAGAAACAUUUAAAUACAUAAAAGGAAUAAACACCGUAAAGGAGGAGACUAUAUUUAAAAGCAGAAAAACUACAAGAAGACAUAGUCUUAAAUUAGAGGGGCAAAAGUUUAAAAAUAAUAUCAUGGCCUCCCAGUUUUGUGUUUUUGUCUUUAUGUGCUUAUUACGUUCAGGUCUUCAACGCACAGUGUUCUUCUUUACGAGUUAUACAUGGUGACACUAAGUUGUAAAUCUUCUCAUAUACCUCGGUCUUGGUUAUAAAUAGAUGAGCAAAAGUUAUACUGAUACCUAAACGGCAAUUUGAAAGUGUUACUAUGGUACGCAAUAUAAGAUCUGAUCUAGUUAGAUGGUAAUGGAAUAGGGUAUCUAUAGAUAUAUUUCCGGACGAUCAAUGUAAAGUGGAACAAUUUGAGAUUCACAUUAUGUAAUGAUUAUGGAGAUCUUGUGUGUGGUUUUUUUUUUCCUUUUAUUCUCUCCUUAUUGUGAUUGUCUUUUCUAUGUUUUUAAGUCCUAAGCAUAACCUAAUAAAAAUAUAUAUUAAAAGAAAAUAUCAAUGAAGUAUAACUUUACUGAGAGGGUAGUGGAUGCAUAGAAUAGCCUUUUAGUUGAAGUGGUAGAGGUUAACACAGUGAAGGAGUUUAAGCAUGCGUGGGAUAGGCAUAAGGCUAUCCUAACUAUAAGAUAAUUCCAGGGACUAAUGAAAGUAUUUAGAAAAUUGGGCAGACUAGAUGGGCCGAAUGGUUCUUAUCUGCCGUCCCAUUCUAUGUUUCUAGUUACUAUGAAGCUAUUUAGGAAGAAACCGAAAAGUCUCCUGUUUCCCCAAAGAAAAUGCAGAGCAUGAUGAGCUGACUCAGCAGAGGAAAAGACCUUGAGCUGCCACUAAACUUACAUCUAACUUUUCUCUUUAAUAGAAGCAAAAGUAAACUUAGGUUUUGCUGUCUGUAUGCAGAAAAAAAUAGGAACUUGCAAUUUUCCUCAAAACAAGUCAUGUUAGCAAGAAAGAGCUGUUGAAAAAUCUACCCCUCUGCUUUUCCUGAAGAUCAUUUCUGUUCCUUUGUUAUUUGAAACUGAGUGAAGUUGGCAAUAUCUCGAAGAGGUCACAAUUUUAGUUUUCUAAAAAAUAUAUUAAAAAGCGCAAAACAAAUAUCAACUACUAAAUAAAUACGCUUAAUAUCACAAUAAAUAAAUAUUUAGCAUAAAGCUGAUAAACCAGUAAAGGCACUUACUGAUUUAAAAUAAAUAAAUAAAUAAAAAAUAGAACAAUAAAAAAAGAAUCUGGUAGCACUUAAAGUAUUCACCACUACAACACCGAUAAAUUAGCCACAAACAACUAUAAUAUAAAUGGAUUUUAGAAGAAAUUAUAUAAGUUUCAAAUAAAGAAUCUGAAAGACAAAAUACAAUUUAAUGACCGCAGUAAAAUCCAAAAGAUCAGUGUUCCAUUUGAGUUAUAGUUAAAACCAAGAGACCAUUACAGGUAGGAGUCCAAAUAUUUUAUAAAAGGACACAGUAAUCUUGAAAUUAAAUAUUUACAGAACAGAAUUCGGAGUAAUUUGUCAAUCUGUGAACGUGUCAGGAACUCUCCGUAGCUGUCCAGUAGCUCCAACAGGACGUAUCUUGUGGUUUUCAGGGCAGACCUAUGAUCUCCAUGGGUAGCAGUGCAGCAUCUCCUUUUUAGCCAGCGUCGCCCACAUGUGGCACCAGAGUAUUCCAUCAUCACAGUUUACCUGACCAUAUUCUUUCAGGUCCCUCUAGAUAUGGACACUGCGUUCACAGCAAGCAUGAUGGUGAAAGGGAGUGGAGCAGCAAUGUCGGCCGUGUCUGUGCUCUGGAAAAAUGAUGUCCCCUCUUCUUAUAUUUAAAGCACCAGGCAGCCUCUUCCCUUGCUCAGACUUUUGUGUAAGCUGUGUUCAGGCCAGUGCCAGUACCUGUGCCUAUAGUCUAGGCUUCCUGUGCCUACUGACUGUAUGCGGACUGUGCCUGCAGUAUAUUCUCUACCUGUGUCUACAGCCUGUGUCAUUUGAACCUGUGGUCUCAAAGCCCCCAUAUGUCUUGCUUUGGGCUAUCCUUCCUCAUUCCAAUACUGCAUCCUGAGCUCCUCCCACAACUAUGACAGGAAUCUGUAUAAUAAGGUGAAAACUGUGCGUGGACCAUAAGCACACAUUUAACAUUCCUGAUGUGUUAUUUUAUUAUUCUCCCCUACAGCAUUGGACCUGGGAAGAAGAUGAACUGCUGAAAAAAGGUGUAAACAAAUAUGGAGUUGGAAAUUGGAGCAAAAUUCUUGUGCAUUAUGAAUUUAAUAAUCGGACAGGUGUCAUGUUAAAAGAUCGAUGGAGAACCAUGAAGAAAUUAAAUAUUGUUGGCAGUGGCGAUGAGUCAUAAGUGUACCUGUCACACAAUGUAACAUGUACUUUCGAGUGUAAAAGUUUCCUUUGUCUUAUCCUGGAAAAAGCCUAGAUAAAAUAUUUAUGGUAUACAGGCAUUAACUAGAACCAUGGUGGUAACAAUGUAGCAUACACAGCCCACACCUUAGUGCAGGGGUAGACACAUUUUGGCACUUAAGAUGUUAUGAACUACAUCUCCCAUAAUGCUCUUACACAUGUAAUGCUGGCAAAGUACCAGGGGAUAUGUAGUCCACAACAUCUGGUGGAGUGUUAGAGAGAGCAGAGUUCUACAUACAUAUUUCAUAAAAUUAUAUCUUUCACUCAUUUCUAACAAUUGUGUAUUAGAGUUCUGGUACGUAAACAAUUCAAGCUGGUUGGUAAAGAAGAAGUUAUUUAAUGUGGUGACAAGACUGAGUAGCAUCAACGAAACCAUAAAAUUGUUUCCCCUGAUCCUAUAUUAUUUCUUAAUAUAUAACGCUUUGAUAGCUGUGUGUUUUGCUUUUAUUUUUUUUAUAUAUAUAUUUUAUUUUUGUAUAAGCCCACUGUUCAUUUGUGCAUAUAUGUGUGUGUAUAUAUAU